CAAAAUCGAUUCAUAUCAACUAUAAUAAGUUAAUAUAAGAGCUUAGACAAGUAAUGAAUUAACAAUCUGAACAUUUAUUAAUUAUAAAUGAUUAAUUUAUUAAUUGUUACGAUUCAUUUAAUCAAUGGCACCAAUAUUAAAACAAUUUUAUAGCCCAUUUCAUAAAUAUUUAAUAUUAACCUACAAAACUCAAAGAUAUAUUUUUACAAGUAGCUGGAAAUUACAAAAAAAUGUUGCAGAAACAUUACCUCAAGAAAGAAAAGAAUUCGAUACAUCAACGCCUCGCGAAAAGGUGAUACGAAAAAAAUUUAUAGAAAUAAUGGAUACAUAUGAAGAAUUAACUGGACUUAAAGAAGUUCGAAUGUAUCAAGACCGUGUUAUAGAUGCCCAAGAAAAAUUAUUGCUGAUACAAGAUCAAAGACGAAUAUUAAAUGAAGAAUUAAAUAAAAUUACAACUAAACGUAAUGAAUUACAAUCUAGAUUUCAUACAUUAAGUAGAGAUGAUCCUGAAUGGUAUUCUACUAUUGGUGAAGAAAAUCGAUUACUUCUCGAUGAAAGAAGAAUACGUGGAGAGUUACAUAAUGUUGAACGAGAUGAAAGAGAUUAUUUUACGUAUAUGAGUAAUGCUGUACGUGAUUCGCAUGAGAAACAACGUUGGCAAGGUGAUCGCACCAAAUACUGGAGUUUAUUACUAACUGUGAUUUCAUCAUUUGUAACAUAUUUAAUAUCAGAUUGGAGACAUAAACGUCUAGUACGACAGUUAGUAGAAAAUCAUAACGAAGUACAUCCAGAAAAUUUUGAAUUAAAAAAAAUUAUACCAAUGUUAAACGAAGCAACAACAAAAUUAAAAAGUGUUUCUGUUACAAAUACUGUUACAUAUGAAACAAUACAUAAUUUACAAAAUAUUAUUAAAGCUACAUUAGAUACAGAAAUUGAAAUUAAAAAUAAUUUACAAAAGUUUAAUAAAUCAUUAACUGCAAAUCAACAAGAAAUUUUAAAUAUGAUCGCCAAAAAUAAUCAACAACAAAUUAAUUUUCUUGGCGAAAAUGCCAAUGCUAAUUUAGAUAAUAUUAAUGCAGUACAUGGAGCAAGUUUUGGAUUAGGUAUAUUAUGUACAUGUGGUGUUAUUUUCUUACUUAGUGUAGUAUUUUCACAACGUUAACUCGUUCAGAAUAAAUGGAUGAAUCCUCCAAUUUUUUAAAAAAUAUGUCACAAAAAAAUAUACAGGGUGUCUACAGUGGCGUGCAUUGUAUAUAGACAGAAAGACACUGCCUACCCUACAUAAUUAAGAUAAAUAUGUAUAAUCUUGUUCUGAUAUCUAAUAUUAUUUAUCUACGAGUACGAUCAAUAAACAAAAAAUCUUAACGGGUAUCAUCUAUAAUUAUAUACAGCAUACAGAUUAUACCAGCACGUUCAUUCAAUUUUAAGUAACUUCUCAUUACGCUGCACUAGCGCUGCUGAGAACUCCUCGGGAAAGUCAAAAACUAUUCGUUCCUAAAUGUUUGUAUGUGAGCUAUAGCCAUAGACAUAAGUGUGUGCGGCUUAAGUGUGUGUGCGUUCGUAUAAAUACAAUAAAAUGCCACAAAUACGAACGCAUAAAUAGUCACUGUCUAACAACACGACAAAU